AUGGCUACUCUGGAGAGAAAAACAUCAGCAGUUAAGGACACCCAAUCUAUGUCCUCAAGCCGAGCACAAAUGUCGUCUGAGCUUCAGCGUGUGUUUGCCGUCCUUCGAUUCAUCUCAGAACAACAACAACAACAACAACAACAACAACAAUCAUUGGGUAAAGAAAACAAUGAAGCCUACUCCACAGAUUCUUCAAUGCCAAGUAUAGGAAGAGAAUCCAACAACAACAGCAACAGCAGCAGCAGGAUAAAAUGUAAUAGCAGUAGUGAUGAGAAGCAAGAUGGUAUCUCACUUCCCUCCAAGCCGCUCGCUAUUCCAGAGGAAGUUGCAAUGCCCCUUGAGAAGUUUCGAAUGGCAGUAACAAAUCUCCCAAUACAGAAAGAAGCGGUGUGUGCAACCCGGGAAGCUCUUCACACCGCACUGUUGCAGGUCUACUCUCAUAAGGCAAGUGAAGUAGAUGAACUCUGCAGUAAAGACUCAUUUGUAGGGGGUCCUAAACCAGAGAAUAUGCCAACAUUCAUGUUAACAGGAGUAUAUACAAUGCAGGGAAUGCAAGAGAUUGUGCCAGGUCUCUUUGUGGGUUCUUAUCAUCCAGCCACCGAUAAGGCGUUACUCACCCGACAUCACAUUACACAUAUUUUAUGUUGUAUCGGUACACAACCUCGUUUUCCAGGAGAAUUUGUGUACAUGACAAUUGCAGCGGAGGAUAAUACGGCAUAUAAAAUAUCAAAGUUUUUUCCAAAAACAUCUGCUUUUAUUGAAAAAGCCCUUAUAGAUCAACACUCUGCGGUGUUAGUGCACUGUGGGGCUGGUAUCUCUCGUGCUCCUACUAUAGCGGCAGCAUAUCUCAUGAAGAAAUUACGCCUAUCAGCAGGCGCAGCAAUUGCACUUAUUCAACAGAAACGUCAAGUGGCUUCACCUAAUAUUGGGUUUCGACAGCAGUUGCGGGAGUAUCAGACGGAACUUGGUAUAUGA